AGCAACAUUAAUGGGGCCAUGAGGCAUCCUGCUCAUGUCCUCCAUGCUUAGGUAAAGGGGGUAUUAGACAGACGUGCAGACAUGCUGGCUGGUCCGGGUGUUCUGUCUGCUGUGUAGUCUGGGGGGGAUCGAUAUGGCUAGCCCUGGGAAGGUGGCCAACUUGUGGAACAGGAGACAGAGUCUCUUCCCCAACUACAAAGUCACAGAUUCGGAAAUUAAUAGAAGACCCUCAGAAAUUGCUUAUCCACUAGCCAAGGAAAGCUGCGUGAAGACAUGGAACUCCAUGCAGGAGCUGAGCAGGGAUAUCUAUGACAUCUAUGCUGAGUAUGAAGACGAAGAGGACGACAAUGCUCCACAUGGCCUCUCCAAGCAUAUUUUACCCUCCAAGAAGAACUACAUGAUCAACAUCAAUGUAGGGGGGAAGCCCUACCAGAUAGCCUACAAGACGGCUGCCAAGUAUCCCAAGACCAGAAUAGGACGACUGGCCACCUACACGGACCACAACAUGAAACUGGACCUUUGCGAUGACUACAUCGUGACCAACAAUGAAUACUUCUUUGACAGGGACCCAGAUGUCUUCCACAGCAUAUUUAACUUCUACAGGACUGGUGUGCUGUGGAUCAAGGAUGAGUUGUGUCCCCGCAACUUCCUGGAGGAGAUCAAUUACUGGGGUGUGAGGAUCAAGAACACCCACCGCUGCUGCCGCAUCUCCUUUGAGGAGAGGCAGGAUGAGCUGAACGAUCAGUUAAAGAUUCAGAGGGAGCUGGAGGCAGAGGUGGAGAUUGAGGAGAAUGAAGAGCUCUUUCAUGACAUGUUCAUGGGCCAGCAGCGGAGAGCUAUCUGGAACUUGAUGGAGAAGCCAUUUUCAUCUGUCAAGGCCAAGCUGAUGGCGGUGGCCUCCAGCCUGUUUGUCUUGGUCUCCCUGGUGGCCAUGACUCUCAACACAGUGCAGGAGAUGCAAUACAGAACUCCCACAGGUCAGCUCAGUGGUAAGACAUACUGGGAAUAUGUGGAGUCCAUGUGCAUCGCCUUCUUCACCAUGGAGUACCUGCUCCGUCUGGUGUCCACUCCUGACCUUAAGUCCUUCGGCAGGAGCGUCCUCAACACUGUGGACCUGAUUGCCAUCCUGCCUCAGUAUCUGCAGGCCAUCCUGGAGUUCUUUGACAGUGAGGAAAACUACCUGAAGCAUGAGGCUGACAUAAAGGCAGUGGGGCAGGUGGGAAAGCUGGGCCAAGUGUUGCGCAUCAUGAGAUUGAUGCGAAUCUUUCGUAUCUUGAAGCUGGCGCGACACUCCACAGGUCUCCGGGCGUUUGGCUUCACUCUGCGUCAGUGCUACCAGCAAGUGGGCUGCCUUUUCCUGUUUAUCGCCAUGGGCAUCUUCAGCUUCUCCGCCAUGGUUUACACUGUGGAGCAUGACAUGCCACAAACAAACUUCACCAGCAUUCCUCAUGCAUGGUGGUGGGCAGCUGUCAGUAUCUCCACUGUGGGCUAUGGAGACGUCUACCCAGAGACCGUACUGGGUCGUAUCUUUGCUUUCAUCUGCAUCUCUUUUGGAAUCAUCCUCAAUGGGCUGCCCAUAUCCAUCCUCUUCAACAAGUUCUCAGACUAUUACUCUAAACUCAAGUCCAAUCAGUACACAGCUGCCCUGAAGAAUCGAGGGAAGGUGAGAUUUGCCAGGAGGACAGUGAAAAGGUUGAACCGCUUAUUUGAUAACCGCAAUUGACAUGAACACUGAUUUCUUAUGCGACUUUGUAAUGCUUUCCUUUAUAAAUAAACAGCCUAAUAUGCUUGACUGUAAACUGUGCAAAAACAAACUGUGUGUGAUGAGGAUGAAAAGGUGGAGCAGGGACAAAAGAUGAGGGUUCAAUCCACAGUCGCACAUCUGGCCAUGCAUAACAAUACAUUGGCAGCUUUUGUGUUAGGAAGCCGGUGAGGGAUCACACAAGCAUGUGGGUAUUAACACCCUAUCCGUCCUAAUUAGUACUGAACACAAUACGUGUGUGUGUGUGUGUGUGUGUGUGUGUGUGUGUGUGUGUGUUUGUGGUGGGUGGGGGUUAUAUUUUAUAACCAUCAUUUUAUACUAAAUUUCUCAGUCAAAAAUGAGAAAUACAAAAAUUAAAGAAAUAUCCCUAAGUAGUUACGCCUCAUAGUUAAAGUAGAAAAUUCUGUGUAAAAGCAUUCUUCGAACCCACAUAACAGAAAAUCUCAAUUUCCAAAUAUACUGAAUGUAUAUAUCAGGAAGAAAUGAGGGAAAAACUUAUAUAUAUAUAUAUAUAUAUAUAUAUAUGUGUGUAUAUAAAAAACUUUCAUUUGAUGUAAUGGUGCAGUUGCACACAUUUACUGAUAUUUCUCUCAGUAUAAUUAUCACAUUGCUUUAUUGAAGUGGGAACAAGUUCAGUUUAUCAGAAAUAUGCUUACAUUUAUCCCCCCAAUGUGGAAAGAUAUUUUUGUAACUUAAAAUUAAAAUGAACAAUUAAAAAAAAAGAAAAUAAAAUAAAAACAAGAAACAUUUUAAAAUCAGUUCUCCUGAACCAGAUUCCCACAGUGAAAAAGUGUCAGCAUCCUAGUGUUUGGGUGAAGAGGUCAAACUUUGCUGGUUUGGUCCGGCGCACUGCUGUACAAAUUAAAAAGCUUUUAUUAUUAACAUAGCAGCUCUCAGGGAAUCGACCUUCUUGUGAAUCAGCAUAGAUGUCAGCACCAAAUAUUCUUUGUUAUUGCAGCUGCAAUGUUUUAAAUCUGUGUUCACAUGAGAUCUGCAGGAGCUUGCAAAGUGUACAAAAUCUUCAAAUACUGGUGCUGUUUUCCAUGUGUUUGCAAUGUUCAAAAGUUCCGCCUCCAAAGAAUGCAGUAUGCUGUACUUGCAAUGCAUGCACCUAGUCACAUGAUGUAGUCUGAUACUGUUUUUAAUAAACGCUCUACUGCUCAUGAAACUGUUAUCUUCA